AUUGGUGGAAUCCGUUUUUAAAAGGUUAAUAAAUGAGUUUUAGCUUGGUUAGGUUAAUUUGCAUCAAUCAUUACAAUGUUCAUUUUGUCACACUAAAGUAUCCAAAACGACAGGUCAAACUUUUCUUAUCCUGAAUCACAGGUGGAAAACAGUUAUGGCGUCAUGAAUUAUGAUAGCCGAAUAAAUGCAUGCUAAAAAUUCGUAAUAAUGGGUGGAACAACACCAGCGGAUCCAAGUGAAAGGUCUGAAGCUCAACCCAUAAUGGACGUCAAACGGUGCAAAUAUCCAAUUUCCAUUGUAUGGACGCCUAUCCCACUUCUCACUUGGUUAUUUCCUAUAAUUGGGCACAUGGGAAUUGCCUAUACCACCGGAGUUAUCCGUGAUUUUGGGCCAUACUACGUCUCCGAAGACGACAUGGCGUUCGGCAAACCUACAAAGUACUGGGUUCUCAGCACAGAGAAAGUUGUGGGCGGAGGUCAGGCCUGGGACAGAGCCAUUUACGAAGCGUCGGAAGAGUACAAGACGAGGAUGCACAAUUUGUGCUGCGACAACUGCCACUCGCACGUGGCCUACGCCCUUAACCUGAUGCGCUAUGAAGGCUCCUCUUCCUGGAACAUGGUCUGGCUGGCAUUAGGAAUGGUCCUUCACGGCCGUUAUGUCAGUUUUGCAGGGUUCAUCAAGACCUGGCUCCCAUUCCUCAUUAUCGUCUCCAUCAUCCUCAUUUUCACCCUAGUCCCAUUCUGAUCCCUUCCCACGUAAUAUUUAUAGUGUAAUAUUAUUUUACUUAUUUUUGCAUUUGCAACCAGCCUAAUUAAUUUAUGCUGUCUCAAUAAAUCAUUGUAAAAUUUACGGUAGAAAUAAUGUGCUACAAGCCUACAAAUUGUGAUGCCAUUUAUCCACAAUGAUUUAAAUUUUUGGUUGAAUAAAUGGAACGGGAGAAAGGAAGUGAAAGUUCA